CUGAUGGUAGCGACAUUGAGAACCCCACAAUUCCACCAGGAAAUUUAGAUGAGAGUACUUCCGACUCCCCUCCGAACAACGGUUGCUCCUGAACCCAGCGAACCAACAAAUGCUCCCGGAACCAGCGGCACAACUGAAGCUCCCGGAACUGGAUCGACCACCCCGGAACCUGAAAUAGUUUGCGCAACAACUGGAUUCAUGCCCAAAAAUGGAGAUUGUUAUAAAUUCGUAUAUUGCUUUGAAGAUGACAAUGGUGAUAUACACCCGGCAGUUCAAACGUGCGCCUAUGGACAGCAGUUUGAUCCAGGCUGCGGAUUCUGUAGGUCAAACUACGACUGCACCAAGGCUUCACCUAAUGGUGAAUGCAAUGUAGAGCAGUGAGAAAUCAGUGCAGAAUUUUAAUGAUGAAAUAAAUAUCCCACUGUGUGUACUAUUAAGCAAUGCAUAACUAUAGCAACCUAUUAUUUUUUUUCAAUCCCUGUGGAAUUUUUUUUGUAUUUUUUUUUGUUCAAAUGAAUAAAUUUUAGUCUAAUUGAUGUUAA